CAAGCUACUGGGUCGUCUCUCCCCCGCCGCCCGCCGGCCCCAGCUGACUCCCCACUGCCAGGCUAAGGCCAAAGCUCACCCAUAGCCAGGACCCCAUCUGCCCGUUUCCCAUCUGCUGCCUUCUAUCCCACCAGAAGCCUCAUGUUGCCUCCUUGUCGAGGCACUUCUCUUACAUUUUUUAUUGUAUCUCGUUCCUAGGUUCCUCCGGUUCUAUAACGAACGAGCAAACAGAUGAAAGCUUGAGAUCCAUGUCUAUCAACAUGGAGAACGCCAUGGCCAAUGUCGACCUAGGACGUUAUCGACGGAUCGUGCAGAUGUUCUGGGAUCCAGAACCUACCAACGAUGUUGCCCACGAUCACCCAGUCUGGUGUCUUGGACGCUCCUACAAGCUAAGCGACAAGAAAAACUCAAAGUCCGAUGAACACAAUCCCCAGACGCCGCCCCCAGCACCAAAGUCGGACACCGAAGAUCAGGAUACAGCUCGAUCGCCCAACAUACCGACAAAUGCCCCAGAAACCCCACCAGAAUCAAUAUCGAGCAGUUUCUCAUCAUCACUGGCAUACGACGACCAGUCCAAUGACGGUGGAUGGCCAUCUGGCUUCAUAACCGAUUUUGAAUCAAGGAUAUGGAUGACUUACAGAUCCGAGUUCGAACCCAUUCCUCGUUCCACGAACCCCCAAGCCACAUCUUCACUGUCACUGUCCAUGAGACUCAAGAGCCAACUAGGGGAUCAGAGCCCAUUCUCAUCAGACAGCGGAUGGGGAUGCAUGAUUCGGUCUGGUCAAAGUUUACUUGCAAACACCAUCGCACUCGUUCGCCUCGGGAGAGACUGGCGUCAGGGACAAUCACUAGAAGAGGAAUGUCGAAUCCUCAAAGAUUUCGCCGAUGAUCCAAGAGCUCCAUACUCAAUCCACAGUUUUGUCCGACAUGGUGCCAGCGCGUGUGGCAAGUAUCCAGGUGAAUGGUUUGGUCCAUCAGCAACAGCCCGCUGUAUCCAAGCAUUGGCGAACUCACAUGAGCCCUCAAUCAGGGUAUACUCCACUGGCGAUGGGCCUGAUGUCUACGAAGAUGACUUUAUGAAAAUUGCGAAUCCAACCGGCGAAGCCUUCCACCCCACGCUUGUAUUGGUAGGAACUCGGCUGGGAUUAGAUAAGAUAACUCCCGUCUAUUGGGAAGCUUUGAUUGCAGCUCUUCAGAUGCCGCAGUCCGUUGGUAUCGCAGGGUGAGUACUGCAUGCUACUCUUCGUACAUUCAUAGUACUGACCAUGCGCAGAGGCCGUCCAUCCUCAUCCCAUUACUUCAUCGGCUCGCAAGGUUCCUUCCUAUUUUACCUUGAUCCUCAUCAUACAAGGCCCGCCCUCCCCUACCACGAGAACCCGAUGGAUUACACCAGCGAAGAGAUAGAAUCGUGUCAUACUGCUCGACUGCGCCGCAUCCAUGUCCGCGAGAUGGAUCCUAGUAUGCUGAUAGGUUUUCUGAUUCGAAGCGAGGAGGACUGGCAGGACUGGAAGCGUAGCGUGAAGCACGUUCAAGGCAAGUCGAUUAUCCAUGUGGCGCAGCGAAACGCAGUCCACGGAGGCUCAAGCGAGGGCCGCGAAGGCGCAAUUGACGAAGUUGAGACGCUAAGUGACGAUGAUACGGAUACCAUUCAGGAGGCCUAGAUUGGUUAUUGGGCCCGGCGUUUUUUUUGGCUGUAAUUUCCUGCACCCCAUAAUGAUUGGCAGGACCAGGCGUUGCGUCGGGAUAGACAUUGAAUUCGAUUUGAAUGACACUCUUUAUCACGAUAUUGUCGUUUCAGGCUGCGUGAUACAACGCGUUAUUCACGCGCUGUCUGAUGUUACCUGCCGAGUGGUGAUAUGGCCGAAUGCAAUAUGCAUAUCGUGUGCGUUAGAUCCUUAAUCACCUCUUCUUCUUGCCUCCACCAGUCACUGAUUUUAGUUCCGCAUGUCCUUCCUCUCGAAUAUGGACGAACAGCCUGGUUCUAGAAGCGAAAGUCUCCCCACAAACUCCGCACCGUGGCUAUGAACUGUUGUCAGCUUGUAUCAGAAGGAUGCCCAUCAAUCAACAUACUUCUUCUUUCUGCGACUGUGCAGCCGCAGCUUUCUUGGCGCGCUUCGCCUUGGCCUUGCCGACCUUCUUGCCCUGCGCAGGCUCAUCAACAGACAGAUCCUGCACUGAUGCUGAUAGUUCAUCGUCUUCGUUAGGCACAUCGCCAGCCGUUUUGAGUUUGCUGGCUGAAGCUAUUCUCUCCUCGACAACAUCCCUGGGCGCGUAGUCGGUGUCGUCUGAUGCGUCUGCAGACUCAGCAGGUGUUGCGGCAAGAGACGAAUCCGCUGCAGAAGGUGAUACAAUUUCACCUUGAGUCGAUCCUAACGACUCCUCUUUAACAUUGUCUUUCUGUGCUGCAACAUCUUUUUGCUUGUUCGCAUUUGCCUCAUGUGGUGAUGACACAUCAAGCUCCAGCUCAGCACCUUCGCGCUUCAUCUGCCGACGCAGUUGUUGAACAGCUUUGAUGUGCUUCUUGCUCUUCUCGUGCGCCUCAAGCUGCUUCUCGCUUUUGAACGACUUGUUGCAUACGACGCACUCCAGAAUCUCAACCUCUGAUUCCUCUUCAGAUUCUGAAAACCCCCCCUCUGCUCCAUUGUCGUCGGAUCGAGCCUUGGCCCAUUCGGGAACCUCGAAUGAUGCCAUGCGCUCCUGGUUCGCAGCACGCGAUCGAGCGGCCUGGGCCGCAGCAGCAUUUCGAAGGGAAGCCUGGCGCUCGUCUUGGGUCUGCGAAUUGGGUAGGUAUCUGGGGUCUCGUUUGCGCACGAAGCCGACGAGGAAGUUGACAGCAUCAUUGAACUCGCGAAUGGCGUCCUCCCGCAUCUUCUUGUUCUCCUUCUCCAUCAGACGGCGGACACGACGGUCGGGGGCAUCGGAGAGUCGAUAUUUAUCCUUCCAUGCGAAUGACUUGACGGUUGCGAAACCAGUCCAUGUGGUGUAAAACGGUUUCACAACAUCCUCGUAGUCAUCGUCAGAGGAUCCAAAAGUUGGGUAGUCCCGGACGUCGAGGUCGUCGUUGUCAGCAGCAGCCUCCUCUUCCAUGGCCAAGUGUUCAAAAGUUUCCCUGCAGAUUCCGUAAAAACCCGUGGGUUCGUCAUCGAAGGGUACCGCAGCGUUGAACUUGCGGAUCAAGCCCAUGAUCUCCUCAGCCGAUGUGAGUCGCACAUUGCGGAACGUAGUAGGUUGGCCGUCAUCGUCACCGUCUCUUCCACUGAGGAUGGCAUCGCGGUGUGAAUCGUACCAAGCUCUCUCUUGAGGGUCAGAUAGGAUCUCGUAAGCGGUUUGAACUUCGGCAAAGCGGCGUGUGGCGGUCUCGACAUCAUUGAUGUUGCGAUCAGGAUGAAGCUCGAGUGCUUUUCUGCGGUAAGCUCGCUUGAUUCUAUUCAAGAAAGGGUCAGUAGGAAGACCUAGAGGGGUAUAUUCGGAGAGAGUUACUCGUCGUCUGUAGCAGAACGCUCAACACUGAGCAGUUCGUAGUAACAAGUUUUUGCGACGGGAGCUGGGCCACCAGCAUUGGAGCUUUCUGAGGAUUGUUGGGCUCCCAUGGCUACUACUUGAAUGAGCAACACGGGGCCAGAGAGAGUUUCGGUCGAAUCUGUUGUUUCUGGAAAAUAAAUAAUAAAAAAGGCAGUGAUUUAUAUAUGAUAUAUUUCAGGUGUUGACUUGGAGCUUUGUGUGAAGGAGGGGCAUCGCGGGGCAAAAU